AUGGAAAUCUGGAUUUGGCUUCUCGUCGCCCUCUCGAUAGCGUUGUGCCCUAUCAUAUACAACGUCUUCUUCCAUCCACUACGAAGAUUUCCGGGGCCACGUAUGGCCGGUGCCACAUCUUGGUGGAAAGCAUACAAGGAAGUAUUUCAACAAGAGACUUUGGCUCAGUUAUUAUUCGAUCUUCAUAGAAAACAUGGCGACAUUGUUCGAAUAGGUCCGAAUGAGCUCCAUUUUGGCAAGCCUUCUGCAUUCCACGAUAUCUACCAUGGCACGAACAGAUGGGACAAGGACGAAGGCCUGUACCGGACCCCUGGGGUACGCUCAGGCUCGUUUGUCUUCCUCAAGUAUAAAGACGCAAAGGAACGAAGGGAAGUACUUCAACCGAUGUUCUCUAAGAGAUCCAUUCAAAACGUUGAAGGGCUAGUAUGGCGGAAUGCAAAUCGACUGGCGACAGCGGUAACCAAAGCCAACGCGGAAAAUUGCUCGAUUGACUUGCUAUAUGCGUUCCGCUCCUUUACACUUGACACGAUCAUGUAUUUCACUUUUGGAAACUGUGUGGACGCCUUAGACGCGCAGGCAUUUUCAGAUCCCUUGAUAGUCGCAAUGGACGCAAGUCUGCGAGCCCUCCCAAUACUGAAGAAUUUCCCACUUAUACGGAAGGUCGCAUAUUCUCUGCCACCGUCAUUAAUCAUGAAGACGUUGCCGGAUGCAGAGAGACUCGCUCCAAGAAUUUACCGUGUACGGGCGAUUAUCGAAGAGCAGCUACAAAAGGUACUGGAUAACCCUGAAAAGCUUGAUGAAGCAUUGCACCAGACAAUCUUUCACCGAAUGUUAGACCCGAACGCCCACAGGAGCAAAGUCGUUCCUGACUCUGUAAAACUCCAUGACGAAGGCUUAACGCUGGUUUUUGCCGGCGCCAACACAGUCGCUGAUACAUUAUUAAUGGGCCAUUGGAAUUUACUCAACCAACCUGACUUAGUGGCUCGACUAAAGGCCGAGGUGUUUUCUGUGUGGCCAGAUCUCGAAGCUCAACCCAACCUUAAAGAUCUUGAAGCACUGCCGCUUUUGACAGCAACUAUAAAAGAGUCUCUGCGACACAUCCCGUCGGGAGUGUCCCUGACACGUGUGGUCCCACCGACAGGGGCUGUUAUAUCUGGACAAACCAUUCCUGGAGGUACCACGGUCGGCAUGGCAAUACUCCACGUUCAUCAAUCCGAGGAAAUUUUCGAAGACGCACUUAGUUUCAAACCGGAACGCUGGCUUGGAGAAGAUGCGAAGCAGCUGGAACAGUGGCUGGUGCCUUUUAGUCGCGGACCGAGAAUGUGCUUUGGUGUCAACUUGGCCUGGUGCGAAUUAUACAUUGCCUUUGCGACACUGAUUCGCCGGUUUGAUAUGGCUCUAGACGGGACCACAGCUGCUGACAUGGAGUGGAGAGAGUGCAUUGCUGCAUAUUAUCCAAACAGGCAUUUGCAUGCAUGGUGCCAGCCAGUUGAAUGCUGA